AUGAUGAGGGGGAAAGUGGAGCUGAGGAAGAUCGAGAACGCAGCGAGCAGGCAGGUGACGUUCUCGAAGCCGAAGUAUGGGCUGCUCAAGAAAGCUCACGUGAUGUCCGUAUUGUGCGACGGCGAGGUUGCAAUCAUCGUCUUCUCCCAGCGCGGGAAGCUCUCCGAGUUCUCUAAUCACGAGUAA